GCCUGAUGGGCAAAGGCAAAAAUGGACAGUUAAGAUGAGACUCCCCCUCUAGUCACAUUCUCUCCCUUCACGAGUCACAGAACGCCCAUGACUAAACAUCCAAAAGCUCGACACUCUCAAACACAGAGCCACACAAUUUCCCUUCUAAGGAUCAAGCCCACCGACCCAAGAUCUACACAUAAGUAUUAUAUAAAACCCCAACCGACCCCUCUUCUCUCCGAUAUCCAGUCCACGUCCUGAUAGAGCAGAGAAUUAAUACGUUCAGUUCCCUCCCUGCUGAUUCAUGUAAUGCAAUAUGCCCAACAAAAGGUCCCAAUUCAGCUGCUCACCAAAUUUUCUGUUUUGAUCCCAAAAAGAAUUAAAAGAAGGAAAAACUGUGUCCCCACUCAAAUAAUUUGAAAGCGAGAGUGGAGAUGUACUCGCUCGGGUAAUGGCCGGCCAGGCAGCUACAGUUUUCUUUACUGCCAAAGAAGAAAAUAAAAAGGGGAAUUUGGGUCGCCUGCACUGACUAUCUCUAUUUCUACUAUUAUUUUUUCUGGUGCUUUUGGAGAGUGGCUUUACUUCUUUAAAUUCCACUUGUCUCUCAUUCAAAUAUUUUCUUGUCUCUAAAAGUUUCAGUCUCUUUGUUCCUUACUUCUUAUUGCAUCAACAGUUUUUUUUAAAGCAGAACUGGAGAAUCUACCAUUGAAGAUGGCGAUAAACAAUAAUGAUGAAAAAUGGGAGGAGUUUGACUCUGAUGAGGAAGAGGAUGAAGCAUUGUCGUUCUGUGAUCUUCCGAACGAUUUAAUAUGUAAAGAGGAUAAUUCGGGUAAAGAAGAAAAUCCUCAAGUGGUGGGAACCGGGGAAGAUUUCGAUUUUGGGUCGUGGAAUAGGUCUCUUUUGGCAGAAUCAGAUAUGUGUGCGGCAGAUGAAGUGUUCUUUCAAGGCCAAAUUCUGCCAUUACGUCUUUCAGUCAGUUCCGAUAGCGGCCUUGCUGGCUACCGCAACGAUAGCAGGAAAUCAAGCCGGUGUGUCUCGAGGUCUGAGUCCAUGGAUCGUGGUUCUUGGGGUGGAUUUACAAGCGUGAGCAGCAGGAGCAGCAGCAGCAGAAGUCACAAUUCAUCAAUUAGCAGCACCUCCACCGCAACCACACACAGGUCAAGAGUGCGAAAUCAUUUCCACGCCCACCCAAGCCCCAAGCCCCAGAUCAAGAUUUUCAACACUCGGCAAGGAAAUAUCGGCAGCCGGGGCCGCAACUCGACGAUGUGGGACCUCUUCCGGCCGGGUUUGGUACGGACACCGGAGAUUGAAUUGCAAGACCUCAAAGUCCGCUCUACUAACAAGGGUUUUGACAGCCGCAAUAGCAGCAGAAGCAGUAGUUUCAACAGCACGGCUAACAACACAGCAAAGAGCAAUCAUGGUUUCAACGCAGAAAAGCGAAGAAGUCAUAGAUUUUCCAUCAAGAAGAGAGAAUUUCUAAGUGGAUGUAAGUGUUCGAUCAGUGCAGUUGAUCCAGUUCCUUCGAGGAUUGUCGUCAUUAAAACCAGCAGCAAUGGGGGAGACAGCAACCCCAAUGAACAUCCAUCACAGAAACAGCGCCAACACGUGAAGAAGAAGAACAUGCAUCGCACCUUUGAAUGGUUAAAGGAGCUUUCGCAUGCAGCUGCUCCUGACGAAGCCUAGAUUCAAAAACACCACGCCACAACCUUUUUUUUUUUUCAUUUUUUGAUUUUUCCUUCAUUAUCCAGUAUGUUCUUGUUAUCUGCCUCUAAAUUUUCCCUCAUGUUUUUAAAAUUAUUCAAUUAUAAUAUCCAAGUGGUUGGCUCUGUUCUCAAGAA